AUGGAAACAGAGGAAAUGCAGAUACGAAGAUAUUCCCCAUUUCUAGAAAGUGUGUUACUAGAUGCUAAUGAUGCUUCGGUAUCUGAUGAGUGGAGAGCAGUUCCUGACAUUUGGAGAUCUUCAGCUGAGAAAUAUGGUGACCGUGUCGCAUUGGUGGAUCCAUACCAUGACCCACCUUCAAAUUUAACUUAUAAAGAGCUUGAGCAGGAAAUUUUGGAUUUUUCUGAAGGGCUGAGAGUUGUUGGAGUAAAGCCAGAAGAAAAAAUUGCACUUUUUGCUGAUAAUUCAUGCCGUUGGCUUGUUGCGGAUCAGGGUAUAAUGGCAACUGGAGCAAUCAAUGUGGCAAGAGGUUCGAGAUCAUCCGUUGAAGAGUUAUCACAAAUAUACAAUCAUUCUGAUAGUGUUGCACUUGCUGUGGACAGUCCUGAAUUGUUAAAUCGAUUUUCAGAAGAAUUCUAUUCCAAGCCUAUUAAAUUUAUUGUUCUGUUAUGGGGUGAGAAGUCAAGCCUGGUCAGUGAAGGAAAGGUUCCUAUUUUUAACUACAAGGAGAUUCUAGAUUUGGGACGAGAUAGUCGUAAGAUUAUGCUUGAUUCUGAUGAUAAACAGCAGUACUGUCUGCAUGAACCUAUCAAACCAGAUGAUGUUGCUGCAUUAGUAUAUACAAGUGGAACAAGUGGCAACCCAAAAGGAGUCAUCCUCACCCAUCGAAAUCUGAUGCAUCAGAUAAAGAACCUCUCAGACAUUGUACCUGCUGUAGGUGGAGACAAAUUUCUUAGCAUGCUCCCACCUUGGCAUUGCUAUGAACGAGCUUGUGAGUACUUUGCUUUUACGUGUGGCAUUGAGCAGUUUUACACAAAUGUGAGGAAAUUGAAGGAUGAUUUGCGGCAAUAUCAACCAAACUAUGUAAUUUCGGUUCCUUUAGUGUAUGAGACACUUUACAGCGGGAUUCAGAAACAAAUUUCUUCUAGCUCUACAGUUCUUAAGUUUGUUGCACUUACAUUCAUAAGGAUCAGUUUGGCAUACAUGGAAUUUAAGAGGAUCUAUGAGGGGACAUGUUUGACAAGGAACCAGAAGCAACCACCAUAUCUUGUUUCAAUAUCAGAUUGGUUAUGGGCAAGAGUUAUUGCUGCAUUACUAUGGCCUUUGCAUGUGUUGGGAAAGAAACUAGUUUAUAGAAAUAUUCACUCUGCUCUGGGAAUAUCAAAGGCUGGCAUCAGUGGAGGAGGUUGUCUGCCUUCACAUGUUGAUAAAUUUUUUGAGGCAAUUGACGUGAAACUGCUGAAUGGAUAUGGCUUAACAGAGACUUCUCCUGUUGUUGCUGCUCGACGACCAAACUGUAAUGUUGUUGGUUCAGUUGGGCAUCCAAUUCGACAUAUAGAGUUCAAAGUUGUAGAUUCUGAAACUAGUGAAGUUCUCCCCCCUGGUUUAAGUGGCAUUUUAAAAGUUAGGGGGCCACCAGUGAUGAAAGGAUACUACAAGAAUCCAGGAGCUACAAAGCAUGUUCUGGAUGAUGAUGGUUGGCUAAACACUGGAGACAUAGGCUGGAUUGCUCCUCACCAUUCAACAGGGCGAAGUCGUCGUUGUGGAGGUGUGGUUGUCCUUGAAGGACGUGCCAAGGACACUAUAGUUCUUUCAACAGGGGAAAAUAUUGAACCGGCAGAGCUUGAGGAAGCUGCCUUGAGAAGUAGUUUAAUUCAACAAAUUGUUGUCAUUGGCCAGGAUCAACGACGCCUUGGGGCAAUAAUUGUUCCAAACAAAGAAGAGGCUUUGAUUGCAGCCAAAAAGUUGUCUCUUGUAGAUAUUGAUGCCUCUGACCUAAGUAACGACAGAAUGACAAACUUGUUAUACGAAGAAUUGAGAAAAUGGACUUCAGGGCGUUCAUUUCAAAUUGGACCAAUCUUAAUUGCGGACGAACCAUUUACGAUUGACAGUGGCUUAAUGACUCCAACCAUGAAAAUUCGAAGGGAUAGAAUCGUGGCUCAAUACAAGGACCAAAUAGACAAUCUGUUCAAGUGA